GGAAAACUGAAGUUGGACAAGGUUGUAAAACCCUUUGAUUCUCCACAGUGGAGUCCACUGUUUCUUCUGGCUUCCUCAAGUUCACAUUCUCAGGGUUGUUGUCUGCAGAUUGCAAUUACCAUGUCUGAUGCAGUAAUUCUUCGCAGUGUGAAGAAGUGUGGAGAGGAGAACCAUGGUUUUGAGUCGGAUGGAUCACAUAAUAAUGAUAAAUCAAGGUUACAAGAUGAGAAAAGAGGUGACAGCCCUCCAGUUGGCUUCUUUCAAUUGUUUCGGUUUUCUUCAUCAACUGACAUUUGGCUGAUGUUUGCGGGAAGUUUAUGUGCAUGUCUCCAUGGAGUAGCCCUGCCAGGCGUGCUGUUCAUUUUCGGCUCAAUGACAGAUGUUUUUGUUGACUACGACACUGAAUUACAAGAACUCAAUAUUCCAGGAAAAGCAUGUGUAAAUAACACCAUAGUAUGGAUCAACAGCUCCCUCAACCAGAACAUGACAAAUGGAACUCAUUGUGGGUUGCUGAACAUUGAGAAUGAGAUGAUCAAAUUUGCCGUUUACUAUGCUGGAAUCGCUGCCGCAGUACUUAUCACAGGAUAUUUUCAAAUAUGCCUUUGGGUAAUUGCUGCAGCUCAUCAGAUACGGAAAAUAAGAAGAAUCUACUUUAGCAAAAUAAUGAGAAUGGAAAUAGGAUGGUUUGACUGCAAUUCAGUGGGAGAGCUGAACACAAGAUUCUCUGAUGAUAUUAAUAAAAUCAAUGAAGCAAUUGCCGACCAAAUGGCCCUUUUCAUUCAGCGCAUGACCUCAACCAUCUGUGGGUUCCUGUUGGGAUUUUACAAUGGUUGGAAACUGACCUUGGUUAUUAUUUCUGUCAGUCCUCUCAUUGGAAUUGGAGCAGGCAUCAUUGGUUUGAGUGUGUCCAAGUUUACAGACUAUGAGUUGAAGGCCUAUGCCAAAGCAGGGUCGGUGGCUGAUGAAGUCCUCUCAUCUAUGAGAACAGUGGCUGCUUUUGGUGGUGAGAAAAAAGAGGUUGAAAGGUAUGAGAAAAAUCUUGUGUUUGCCCAACGCUGGGGAAUUAGAAAAGGGAUAGUGAUGGGAUUCUUUACAGGAUACAUGUGGUGUCUCAUCUUUUUUUGCUAUGCACUGGCCUUCUGGUAUGGCUCCAAACUCGUCCUGGAGGAAGGAGAAUAUACACCAGGAACCCUUGUGCAGAUUUUCCUCAGUGUCAUAGUAGGAGCUUUAAACCUUGGCAGUGCAUCUCCUUGUCUGGAAGCCUUUGCAACUGGGCGAGCAGCAGCCACCAGCAUUUUUGAGACAAUAGACCGGAAACCCAUCAUUGACUGCUUGUCAGAAGAUGGUUACAAGUUGGAUCGAAUCAAGGGUGAAAUUGAAUUCCAUAAUGUGACCUUCCACUAUCCUUCCAGACCAGACGUGAAGAUUUUAAAUAACCUCAACAUGGUGAUUAAACCAGGGGAAAUGACGGCUCUGGUAGGGUCCAGUGGAGCUGGGAAAAGUACAGCACUGCAGCUCAUUCAGCGAUUCUACGACCCCUGUGAAGGCAUGGUGACUCUUGAUGGCCAUGACAUUCGCUCUCUUAACAUUAAGUGGCUCCGAGAUCAGAUUGGGAUAGUGGAGCAAGAGCCAUCUCUGUUUUCUACCACCAUUGCAGAAAACAUUCGCUAUGGCAGAGAAGAUGCGACAAUGGAAGACAUAGUACGAGCUGCUAAGGUGGCCAAUGCCUACAACUUCAUCAUGGACCUGCCACAGCAAUUUGACACCCUUGUUGGAGAAGGAGGUGGCCAGAUGAGUGGUGGCCAGAAACAAAGAGUAGCCAUUGCUAGAGCCCUCGUCCGAAAUCCCAAGAUCCUGCUUUUGGACAUGGCCACCUCAGCGCUGGACAAUGAGAGCGAAGCCAUGGUGCAAGAGGCACUGAGUAAGAUUCAGCACAGGCAUACAAUUGUCUCAAUUGCUCAUCGACUGUCCUCGCUCAAAGCUGCAGACAUCAUCAUUGGUUUUGAACACGGCACAGCAGUGGAAAGAGGCACCCACGAAGAACUGUGGGAAAGGAAAGGCGUUUACUUCACUCUAGUGACUUUGCAAAGUCAGGGAGAUCAGGCCCUUAAUGAAGAGAAUGCAAAGGAUACAACUGAAGGUGGCGUACUUGAGAGGACCUUUACCAGAGGGAGCUACCGGGAGAGUUUAAGAGCUUCUAUCCGGCAACGCUCCAAGUCUCAGCUUUCUUACCUGGUACAUGAAUCUCCAUUAACUGUUGUAGAUCACAGGUCUGCUUAUGAAGAAGACAGAAAGGACAAGGACAUUCCUGUGGAAGAAGAGGUUGAACCUGCCCCAGUUAGGAGGAUUCUGAAGUUCAACACUCCGGAAUGGCCCUACAUGAUGGCAGGGACUGUGGGUGCAGCCAUUAAUGGGACAGUCACACCCCUCUUUGCCUUUUUAUUCAGCCAGAUGCUUGGGACUUUUUCAGUUCCGGAUAAAGAGGAGCAAAGGUCACAGAUCGAUGGUGUGUGCCUACUUUUUGUAGCAGUAGGCUGUGUAUCCAUUUUCACCCAAUAUCUGCAGGGAUACUCUUUUGCUAAGUCUGGGGAACUUCUCACCAAAAGGCUACGUAAAUUUGGUUUCAGGGCAAUGUUAGGGCAAGACAUUGGCUGGUUUGAUGACCUCAGAAAUAGCCCUGGAGCACUGACAACAAGGCUUGCGACGGACGCUUCCCAAGUUCGAGGGGCUGCUGGCUCUCAAAUUGGGAUGAUGGUCAGUUCCCUCACUAACAUCACUGUGGCCAUGAUCAUUGCCUUCUACUUCAGCUGGAAGCUGAGCCUGGUCAUAGUGUGCUUCUCCCCCUUCUUGGCUUUAUCAGGAGCCAUACAGACCAGAAUGUUGACGGGAUUUGCCUCGCAAGACAAGCGGGCUAUGGAGACAGUGGGACAGAUUACAAAUGAAGCCCUCAGUAAUAUCCGCACUGUUGCUGGAAUUGGAAAGGAGAGGUAUUUUAUAGAAGCAUUUGAGACUGAGCUGGAGAAGCCAUUCAAGACAGCCAUUCGAAAAGCGAAUAUUUACGGAUUCUGCUUUGGCUUCUCCCAAAGCAUAACAUUUAUUGCUAAUUCUGCUUCCUACAGAUAUGGAGGCUACUUAAUCCCCAAUGAGGGGCUCCAUUUCAGCCAUGUGCUCAGGGUGGUCUCUUCAGUUGUACUGAGUGCAACAGCUCUUGGAAGAGCCUUCUCUUACACCCCAAAUUAUGCCAAAGCUAAAAUAUCAGCUGCACGCUUUUUUCAACUGCUGGACCGACGACCCCCAAUCAAUGUAUACAGUAGUGCAGGUGAAAAGUGGGACAACUUCCAGGGGAAGAUUGACUUUGUUGACUGUAAAUUUACAUAUCCUUCUCGACCUGAUAUACAAGUUCUGAAUGGUCUCUCAGUGUCCGUUAGCCCAGGGAAGACGCUGGCAUUUGUUGGAAGCAGUGGAUGUGGCAAAAGUACCAGUAUUCAGCUGUUGGAACGUUUCUACGAUCCUGAUAAAGGGAAGGUGAUGAUAGAUGGGCAUGACACCAAAAAAGUAAAUGUCCAGUUCCUGCGCUCGAACAUUGGAAUUGUUUCCCAGGAACCGGUGUUGUUUGCCUGUAGUAUAAUGGACAAUAUCAAGUAUGGAGACAACACCAAAGAAAUUCCCAUGGAAAGAGUCAUAGCUGCUGCAAAGCAGGCUCAGCUGCACGAUUUUGUCAUGUCACUCCCAGAGAAAUACGAAACUAACGUUGGGUCCCAGGGGUCUCAGCUUUCUCGAGGGGAGAAACAGCGCAUUGCUAUUGCUCGGGCCAUUGUUCGAGAUCCUAAAAUCUUGCUACUAGAUGAAGCCACUUCUGCCUUAGACACAGAAAGUGAAAAGACGGUGCAGGUUGCUCUGGACAAAGCCAGAGAAGGAAGGACCUGCAUUGUCAUUGCCCAUCGCUUGUCCACCAUCCAGAACUCGGAUAUCAUCGCUGUCAUGUCACAGGGAGUGGUGAUUGAAAAGGGGUCCCAUGAGGAAUUGAUGGCCCAGAAAGGAGCCUACUACAAAUUAGUCACCACAGGAGCCCCCAUCAGUUGACCUGUCUCAAGAACUUCAUGCACAGAUGAUGCACAAAUUACAGGAGUACUGUGGGUUGUUUUU